UUUUGAAUAAACGAUAACGCAAUAACGCAAUCGAAGUGAAUUUCGUUAUCACGGAGUAAUGCAAUUCAUCACUUUAAUAAUUCAGUACAGCUCGGAAAGAUUAUUGAUAGGUAAAUUUCUGCUUUGUUAGUAGAUUUUUUAUUCACAGUUUUCACGCGUGUAAGAGAAAUCGUGGAAAGAUGAAGGCCUGGUCUGACGCGGCGAGUUUGAUAUUAGCAGCACGUCACGGGCAAACGUACAGUCGCAUGGUGUCGCCUGCAAUCCACAAUUACAAGCUGCUAUGCCUGAAGCGUCAUCAAAAGUCGAGUUUCAUGCCAGGGUUAUACGUCUUCCCGGGUGGCACAGUGGACCCAGCUGAUGUCAAUCUGAAAUGGUACGAAUAUUUCAGUACUUUCGGUCUGGACAAUGAUAGGCUUGCAUCUCUGGUACCAAAAACCGUGUCGCGGCCGCAACUUUUUCAAUCAAAGGAGAACGAGUUGCUCAGAGAAAUCUCGCUACGCAUUACGGCGAUUCGCGAGACCUUUGAGGAAUGCGGGAUACUGCUAUGCAGACGUAAAGACGGCGAUGCUCAUUCUAGUUGGGCUGAGCACGUAUCAAUUCCUGAGGGCGAGCUGCAAACGUGGCAGAACAAAGUCCACAAUGAUGCGACGGAAUUUCUCAAUCUCUGUCAGAAGUUGGAGUGUUAUCCGGACUUAUGGGCGCUAUAUGAAUGGAGGAAUUGGUUGGGACCUACGUAUGAGCGCAAGAUUAAACGCUUCAACACCGCUUUUUACUUGGCUUGCAUACCGCAUAUGCCACACGCUGAAUAUGAAGCUAUAGAAAUGGAGGAUCUACAAUGGUUCUCUCCGGAGGAGUUUUCUUCGACAUGUUUCGGACCGCCGCAACAGAUCGAGAUUGCCAGGUUGACCAAAAUUAAAAGUAUAGAUAAUCUCCUGGAUAUCGCCAAGGAACGCAAUAAAAAAGGCGUGCAAGAGCUGUAUUUACCGGUAGCGGUGCAAUUGAAGGAUGGUAUCGUGUUUGUCAUCCCUGAAGAUACGAUGUACCCGAAGGAAAUUGAGUUGUAUGAACAACAAAUAAUCGAUAAAUCGGAUAUUACUGUAGAUGAAUUUGAGAAGAUAACCCUGAUAAAAAACAGAAUAAUAUUUCUCGACACGCAAGUUAACAUAAUUUUUACCGAUAAUGGCAAAGAUAAUCGCGUGGUAUUUCCAAGACCUGGAUAUCAUUCAAAUAGAAAUGUGGAAUCCAAAAAUAAGCUUUAAGAUGAAUAAUAGAGAAACAAAUUCGAUUUCGGUUUUCAGAUAAUUUGCUCGAAGAAGAUAUUUUUAAAUAUGUUUAAGUGUUGAACAAAUGUUAAACAUUGUAUGAUUUGGUAAGGGGUUGUCAUUGUCGGCAGAAUGUUUCUAAAAUAAUGAUAAAAUAAUGACUUGUAAA